GGAAGGAGCCUUGAAUCAUGGUGUGCCGCGUUGCUGCUCUUCUGUGUGCCGUGCUGGUGGCAGUCAGUGCCUACAGCGGCGUUGACGUCUCUCAGGCUACCCUUGAGAGUCAUUGGAAGUGCCUCAAGGAAAAUGGCUAUCACUUUGCCGUGAUCCGCUGCUACGAGUCCGUGGGCCGAGUAGACUCCAACUGCCCCCACACCAUCUACAAUGCUUGGGAUGGUGGCAUGUCCCAUGUCGACAUCUACAUGUUCCCGGAUCCCCGCGCCAACAAUCCCGAGAGCCAAAUGUCAUCCAUGGUCGAGUUUUUGAAGAAAUACAGCAUUACCUCUGGUGGCAAGAAGCCUGGAUCCUUUGGUAUGGUGUGGCUCGACAUUGAGGGCUCCCAGUAUUGGUCCAGCGACAAGGAAACGAACCGCAAGUUCUUUGAUGGCCUCGUGAGCGAGGGCAAGAAACACGGCCUCAAGCUGGGCGUCUACACCUCAGAGUCCCAAUGGUCCCCCAUCAUGGGCGACUGGUCGGGUGGCUCCUCGCUGCCGCUGUGGUAUGCCCACUACGACGGUCGCCCCUCCUUCAGCGACUUUCGUUCCUUUGGUGGUUGGAAGAAGCCCGCCAUCAAGCAAUACAACGGUGACAAGACCAUCUGUGGUGCCGGUGUCGAUGUCAACUGGUAUCCCGACAGCGAAAAGCUUCCCAUGGCCACCAUGGCCAACCUCUCCGUGCACUUGUAA